AUGGUCGAGGUGAGGCAAUAUCACCUUUCUCCUACGGAUCUUAUCCCCAACUCGCCCAGACCACUCCUCCACUACAAGAAUGUCCUAGCCAAGCCCAACAACACGCAUUGCGACCCAGUCGACGUGUGGGACUUGUUUACCAGGAAUGAAUGGGACGUUCAAUGGAUAUUCCGCUAUAGUCCUACCCAAAUCUCUCACUACCAUUCCCAGGCACACGAAUGUAUGGCCGUCCUUUCCGGUACUGCCAGUAUCCGGUUUGGUGUGGCGGACACCUCACCAGAUAUGGAAGAGAAUACACACGGCUCUGCUUGGGAGGACGGCGGCGUUCUACUAGAGGCGGAGGCUGGCGAUGUGUUUAUUAUACCAGCCGGUGUGGCACAUAAGACGCACAACACUAAGCCUGAAGCGGACUUCGCGCUUUUAUCACCGGGGACCGGGCACGGCAUCAAGGCAGAUGAUAAGAAAGCGUUGUCUGAGAUCAAACUGGAUGGAUUUACUAUGAUGGGCGCUUACAGCGGUGGUGACUGGGAUUUCGUCGCAACGGGAGGUGAUUUCGAGAAGGUGUGGUCUGUUCCGAAGCCCAAAUAUGAUCCUGUUUUUGGAGCUUCCGAACGAGGGCUUUGCAAGACAUGGCGUGGGAGUGAUACCGAGUCGAAAGCCCAUUUGUAG